AUGACCUCUUCGGAACAGGACAAGAUCGACGCCAAGGUCGGCAACGACAGCAACCACGACGCUUUUGACGCCAACGACUCUGCCAACCUCACCACGCGCCUUGAGCAGGGCAAGGCCCAGGAGGCUGCCGCCGACGCCGACACGCCCGAGGUCGCCGCGCUCAAGAAGGACCCGACCGCCCCUGCGCGCAUGCACGGCAACGAGCCGAGCCGCGGCGCCAAGAUCGACGCCCAGAUCCAGGCCGAGGAGGAGGCCGAGCUCGAGCGUAAGGGCAAGGCUUAA